UACGAGGCUUAAGCGGCGAUGACCUAACGCUUUUGCAGAACACGAUGGACGGCAAGAAAAAUCCAGGAAAAAAAGGCGCAAGGCUUCGCUGCAGGACACUCAAUGGGAAACAUCAAGUGUGGAGGCUAGAUUGAGCAGUUGUGGAGUCCAUGGUCCAAAUAAUGACAAAGGUACAUACAACCCUUACUUGUGUCGCCCUUCUGCCUGAUUUAUGCUUAGCCGGAAUAGUGGUUAGUGCUAGAAGUUAUUCCCCAACAUUAUCAGCAUCUUUUGCGGAAAAUCAUCGGGGGAGUGGAGAUUCAACAGUCGGGGAACAUCUUAACCAAAAGUCUGUGCCAGAAAAAGUCGAUAAUCCACCCUUACGUCAUCACUAUAAUAGUGAUAUUUUCCAAACCACGCAUUCCACCCAAGAUUUUGGACACCCUCAAGCUUCAAACAAGCCAAGAAACCAUUCCUCGAGCGGACUUUUCGAGCCGCAAGAGCCACAAGGCUCUCCUGCGCCAGCAAACAUUAGGCCCACUGGCAUAUUCGACUGGGACCUUCUAUUUUCAGCCCCUGAGACCAUUUUAGAGCAAAAUCACUCUCACCAAAACAUGACAGAAGGCGUUCACAGGGCAUUUCCAUCUGAAGAUUUCCCCUUCAGCGUGUUCGCGGCAAAUAAUUUCGAUAAUCUGUGGGAUGAAUUUCAUGCGAAUGUUUGACUUAGAAAAAAGAAAAUGGCGAAGAGAGAAACCCAAAGAUACAGGAAAAGGGAGAACUAGAACACA